UUCGCGUUGCACAACUUGAAAAGUCGAGGUCAACAAUAUUGCUGCCGAUCAAACACUCUCUGCAAUACUAAUUGCCGGUGUCUGUUCAUUGCGCAGAAUACAUUUUCACCAAAUCCAUCAUCACCAUGUUCACGUCUCAGUUGGGUCCUGCUUAUUCAUGCUGGGGAAGAUGCGGAAAGCCGGGUUCGGGAUGCCGGACACAUCGGCACAUCUCCACGCCGUCCAACGGCUGGCCAGCCAUCAUCACCCCACAAUGCGGAGGAUCUUCCAUUACUUCGUUCAAGUUCAAGUUGAUGGGCACUCGUUUUCUCCCCGGGCAGCCGUUCACGGCAGAGCCUGGCCGUACGCCUGGGCAGCCGGGAGACAUCAUCCAAUGGCUCGACAGUGUCGACUUUUCUUUGGUCGUUUCUGCAAUCUUGAAAUGGGUCUAUCGUCGUGUUGUCAACAUCUGUGACUUUCGUGAAGCCUUCAGUCGAUAGAGCGUUUAACGAAAGGCCUAUUGUCCUUCGAAACCAUGGCUACGACCAAGCAUCCUAUCGGCCCUUUCAGGAAGAGUGUUCAUCCACAAGAGGUCCAGCCUCCCUUCAAUCCUGCCCCUGACCUCAAACACGAGACUUUUGAGCUAGAUGGAGGGAAAGUGAUUUUCGAGAAGGACGUGGCCAUCACGAUGAGAGACGGGGUCAAGCUCUAUGCCGACAUCUACCGACCUGCGACUAGCGUGGCAGAGAAAACCCCGCCGUUGGUCUUCUGGUCACCAUUUGGUAAACACGGCGCCGUCCCUAGAGCACUGUUCAAGAAUAUGGGCGUCGAUUUUGAGAAAUUGAGCCCGUACACGUUCUUUGAGCUGCCCGACCCGUUCCUCUGGUGCAGUCAAUACCAUUACUCGUUCGUACGUGUGGAUCCUCGUGGGACUUGGUGGUCAGAGGGCACAGAAGCGACCUUCUUCUCGCCUCAAGAGGGCCGUGAUGGAUAUGAUGUCGUUGAAUGGGCGGCGCAGCAGCCAUGGUCUACCGGCAAUGUCGGCUGGGGCGCUGUCUCCUACUAUGCAAUGUCUGCGUACCAAACGGCCGUCCUGAAACCGCCACAUCUCAAGGCCCUUCUUUUGUGGGAGGCGAUGUCUGACAUAUACCGCGAGGUCAAUAACGUCGGCGGCAUACCUUCUGUACCAUUUCAGCACAUGUGGAUGAAUUUGACCGGACAGGGUCUCGGCAUGAGUGAGGACCACGCCGCUGUCUCACUUGAACAUCCCCUCUUCGACGAGUUCUGGCAAUCCAAAGUUGUACAUUGGACACAGAUCAACAUUCCGGCGCUGUCAGUUACGGGGUGGUCGUCCUCGCCCACUCAUCUACGCGGCACGAUUGAGGCAUGGAAGGCCCUGUCCACAAAGGACAAGUGGCUGUUGGUUCACGCUGGUAGAGAGUGGAGUGAGUACUACAAGGAUUCGGGCAUCGAGAAGCAGAGGGAGUUCUGGGACCACUUUUUGAAAGGAAAGGAAACUUCAAUUCGCACUUGGCCGACGGUUCAACUUGAUGCCCGCACUUCUGCUGAUGUGUCGGUGCGAAGAGACUGGAAGAAAUUCCCGCCGCCGGCAAAAUUGUCCAAUUUUUACCUGGCAAGCGACGGAAAGCUGUCGACAGAGCCUGGCAAUGGUCAGGCAGAAUAUACCACUUUCAGGGCACAUGAUGCAAAUUCGACACUCACAUUCGAAUAUACCUUCGACAAGGAGACCGAAAUCACGGGUCACGCGUCCUUGACCCUGCAUGUCCAGUGCUUGGAAUUCCCGGAUGUCGACCUCUUUGUCGCGCUCCAGAAGCUCGGCGCCGACGGCGAAGAAGUCAAAUUCUGGAGCUCAAGCCAAUUUGUCGAGGCACCAGCGGUGCUGGGCUGGCUCCGUCUUUCACACAGAGAACUGGAUCGACAGCGCAGCACACCGGAGCGACCUUAUCAUACUCACCAAAAACGGCAAUGGGUGCGUCCUUGUGACAUUGUGGAGGCCCAGAUCGAACUUUGGCCCAGCAGCACUGUAUGGCAAGCGGGGGAGACGAUACGUAUCGCCAUCAAUGGCCGUGGGUUCCUGAAUCCGGAGAAUAAGACCCAAGUUCGAACACCGGUACACGGUUGGGGCGACGUUCGGGUGUGGUUCGGUGGCAAAUAUGCAAGCCAACUUCUGGCGCCUGUCGUAGAAAAUUAGACGAGCAAAGCACGUAUCAACUUUGAGAAUAGCAC